CCCGCGCGCCGCCCGGGGGCCUCGGAGCACGGCGGAACCAUGCCCAGGUCCCGGCGGGACCGAAAGGUCUCCCUGACGCGGACGCCCCGGAAGGGGCUGCAGGCCAAACAGGCGCUGAUCACCGAGCUCCGCCGCUGUGUGGACACCUACAAGUACAUCUUCGUGUUCUCCGUGGCCAACAUGAGAAACAACAAGCUCAAGGAUGUCCGGAACGCCUGGAAGCACAGCAGGAUCUUCUUCGGCAAGAACAAGGUGAUGAUGGUGGCGCUGGGGCGGGCGCCGAGCACUGAGUACAAGGAGAACCUGCACAAGGUCAGCAAACACCUGAGAGGGGAGGUUGGGCUCCUCUUCACCAACCGCACCAGGGAUGAGGUGGAUGAGUGGUUCUCCAAGUUCCGAGAGGUGGACUUUGCCCGCGCUGGGAACAAGGCACCCUACGGGGUGAGCCUGGACACAGGGCCCUUGGAGCAGUUCCCACACUCCAUGGAGCCGCAGCUCCGGCAGCUGGGAUUGCCCACGGCGCUGAAGAAAGGGGUGGUGACACUGCUCUCAGAUUACGAAGUCUGCAAGGAAGGGGAUGUUCUCACCCCGGAACAGGCCCGUGUCCUGAAACUCUUCGGUUAUGAGAUUGCAGAGUUUAAAGUCACCAUCAAAUUCGUGUGGAAUUCUGAGACAGGAGACUUCCAGAAGCUUGUUGGAGACACAGCAGAGGAAGAGGAGGAUAAUGAUGAUGACAGCAAUGAGGACUAGCAGUGUGGACACCAAGCAGUUCUACUCUAUUUUAGAGACAAAAAGGAGGAUGUUUCCCUGACCUGUCUGCAGCUGAACAAGGAUGAUCAGCUCAAAUGUGCUCUUUGUAAAAAAUGAUCUAACUAUGCUUUUUUUAUAUAUAUAUAAAUCUGUAUACAAAACUUCA